AGGAGCCAAGUAAGCUCCGUUCGUGUUAUAUGUCCGAGUGUGCAAAGCGAGUGAAUUUUCAAGACGUAUGUACUACUAUACGAUACGUUUUAACGCGACGACGACGACACCGUCAGUGUGAGUAAGCUCGUUACGUGCGUCAAUCAUCGUAAACGCGUAUAUACGGAGGCGCGGGAUUUUUCGGCGGGCUUAUUCUAUGCGGAUAUUAAGAGAGGCGGUCGCGCCGAAAAUUCCUUGACGAUCGCGUCGAUGUUUUCGCUCGGCGGAGGCGAGCCGCGGGAGUAACACACACAGUGUAGAUAUCGGGCUGCGUCUUUCGAAUCUAGCAGGUGCGUGUUUAUACGUGAUGCUCGGGCCGCGACAAGUAUAGGCCAGUGGUGUGAAAGAAAAGAAAAUUGCCCUGGAGUGAAUAUAUACUCGGAGUGCAGGGUGUAUGUAUAUGCGUCCGCUACGACACGUAUGUACAUGUAUCCCGAAUGCACGCGUGUAUAAUACGGGCGUAUAGAUGUGCACGGUGCACGUUUCGCUCCUCGGAUAGGAGGAUCGAGAGGAAGAGGAAACCGUCUCGCCGCGUUCGAAUUAAUUCGCGUUAUCAACAGUGGGUCACACAUUCGCGGCACGCGCGCGCGCGCUCCGACACUCGGAACGACGAAAGAACGAGAGAGAGCUCUCUUCUUUCCGCGAGCGGCACGUUCUCCGGCCAGCCUUGAUGCGCCGUGCCGUGUGUCGUCGUGUCGUGCCACGUGCUGUGCCGUGCUGUGCCGUGACGUGACGCCGCGACGUCGUGACGUGUCGAGGGCUGUGUCGUUCCGAAACGGUGCGUGUUCGGAGAGGGAGCAUCGGCGACACGAACGCGAGUGAACGUGUAAAUCCCGAGAGAGAUAGGGAGAGAGAGAGAGAGAGAGAAAGAAAGAAAGAAAGAAAUUACGAGGCCACCGCCGCGAGAUGGAUCACCCGUGCUGUACCGUGCCGGGUGGAAGUGCUCGUGUGACGUGACGUGGUGAUUACGAGAAAGAAGCCGGUACCCUCCAUAUCGCUAUUCAGUGAUGUACCAUGUGGUGGGCUUCAGCGAUCUUGAUCCUCGCAAUCAUCAUUACAGUCAGCGGUGCCCGCUAUCUCGGCUCCCGUUUUCCGUCCUCUGCCGCCAUCAGCUACUCCUGCUCCUCCUUCACCUCCUUCUCCACGUCGACGUGUCCGCUGUACGUCGCACAGCGAAAGUUUGAUCACGAGGACCCCCUCGUAGUCGUCAUUGUCGAUUUUACGGUGGUGAUAGUCGCAGCCGUCGCUGCCGUCAUCGUGAACGUUGCCACUAGAACGCACGCACGAGCGAUCGUUCUUCCAACGUGCCGCAUCCUCGACGACAGCGACCGUCGCGUCUGCUGGGCUCACCUCUUCCUGGCUACUGACUAGUGAUUAAUCGUUUACCCCUGUCUGUUGCAGUAGAAAGGCAGAGGCAUGUGCGGAUACCGUGCGAAUUAAAGUGAAGAGAGCGGCAAGUGACAAGUGCAAAAGAGGGUGAUAUAUAUAUAUUAUAUAUAUAUAUAUAUGUAUAUGUACAACGUGCAUAUGCAUAUAUCGCUUUCGGGAGCGAGUUUUUUUUUUACUCCGUCGUGAGAUCGAGUUUCUACCGUUGCCGCGUGGUUCCGCUUCGUUGCGGUGGAUGUAACGUGUAACGAUCGUGCAUCCGACACGUGUGCGUUUCGUGCGUUUAAUCCUCCUACAAACGAAAGAGGAUAAAAGAGGGAACGAAGGAAUCUCUAUCUCUGUCCGCGCUGUAUACAGUUCAUCCUUAUCCGGACGGAGGUAGAGCAGAAACAGAAGCGAAGGAGGUCGAGUUUCUAAGGAGAAAUAAUAGAGAGAGAGAGAGAGAAGGGAAUAAAGGAAGCGUGCGAACCAACAGCUUCGUUUGAGUCGUCCGAAAAGUAAUUCGCGUCGCGUGUGUUGGUGUAGUGUGCGGUGAUUACUAUCACCGGUCGAGGUUGUGUGUCGUUGUACAGUGCCUCCAAACGAUACCACAACAUCCGGUCCCAAAUGAAGAGUUCGGAGCAAAAUGGUUAGAGAGACACGUCACCUGUGGGUUGGAAAUCUGCCGGAAAACAUCCGUGAGGAUCGAAUCAGGGAGCAUUUCAAACGGUAUGGACGCGUGCAGAGCGUCAAGCUGUUGCCACGGGGUGAAGAAUGCCCCGUGGACGGAGGUUCCAGUGGUUCCCUCGGCGAGGGCAACGAGGGCGGUUCCGGUUCCGGUUCCGGCGGCGGUGGCGGUGGUGGCGGUUCCUCUACCAGCACGGGGGGUGCCUCAGCGACGGUGGCGUUCAUGGAUAUCAAGUCUGCAGCGAAGGCUCAUGCGACUGAGCAUACGUUGGACGAACGAGCCCUCACCACACAGUACUACGAGCCACAGCAUCUUCAGCACAGGUUCCCCUCUCACGGAAAUUCGGAGGAUCAUGGAUCCGGCGGCGGGAGCGGGGGUGGAGGAGGCGGAACAGGCAACGUUUCCGGCGGCAGCGGCGGCGGAGGUGGUGGCGGGAACACCGGUACCGGCGUCGGCGGUACCGGCGCCGGAAGUGGAGAGCGAGAGAGGGGUGGCGAGGGUUUUGACUCACGUGGCUUCUACAGUAGCGAGAGGAGCAACCGGGUUGGCACCGGGAGCGGCAGCGGCGUCGGCGUCGGCGUCGUCGGCGGCGUCGGCGGCGGCGGCGGUGGCGGCGGCAGCGGCGGCGGCGUCGUUGGCGGUCAUCCGACGGAUCCUUCGACGGGGGAUCCUGUCGGCGGCUACAUACCCCGCGGCCGUCCACCACCUGCGAGCUCUUAUCACGUGACAUCGAGCAGGGCGAGGGAUCGGCUCUACCCAAGGACCGGCCCGUAUGUCUCUGACCGGCCGCCGCCCCCGCCCCACCUAGACCGUCAUCGUGGUAGCUUGCCGCCGUCGUCCUGGUCGACUUACGAGUCGACGAGCUCGAGGUACGGCAAUGCGCCGCCACCACCCUCGCCCGCCACCAACGAUGCUUACCAAGACGAGCAAGGAGGUGGUGGAGGCGGCGGUAGCAGCAGCAGCGGUGCUCUGCGACAACACAAGAAGCAGCGCAGAAAAUCGCGCAGCGGGAGCAGCUCGCCGAGCGGUAGCAGUCGCUCCGGAAGUAGCAGUAGUAGCCGGAGCGGUAGCUCGGGCGGUAGCACCACUGGUGGUAGCACGUCGCCCGGUAGCUCGCCCCAUCGCACCAGCAACGCCGCCGUCACGGAGGAUCGCCGAGCGCUGGCCAUUUGCGUGAGGAACCUGCCUACCCGUAGCAGCGAUACCUCCCUCAAGGACGGCCUCUUUCACGAGUACAAGAAACACGGCAAGGUGACGUGGGUGAAGGUCGUUGGUGUAGCCGGCGACCGGUACGCCCUCGUGUGUUUCAAAAAGCCCGAGGAUGUCGAGAAAGCCCUCGAGGUGUCGCACGACAAGCUCUUCUUCGGCUGCAAGAUCGAGGUGGCGCCUUAUCAGGGCUAUGACGUCGACGACAACGAGUUCAGGCCGUACGAGGCGGAACUCGACGAGUACCAUCCGAAGGCGACGAGAACGUUAUUCAUCGGCAACCUCGAGAAGGACGUAACGGCAUCCGAGCUCAGGAAACAUUUCGAGCCGUUCGGCGAGAUAAUCGAAAUUGAUAUAAAGAAACAAGGCGCCGUGUCGAGUUACGCUUUUUGUCAAUAUUCGGAUAUCGGUAGCGUCGUUAAAGCCAUGAGAUCCAUGGAUGGCGAGCAUCUAGGUACAAAUCGAAUUAAACUCGGCUUUGGAAAAUCGAUGCCCACAUCCUGCGUUUGGGUCGAUGGCAUUGGAGAUUGCAUGUCUGAGAAGUAUCUCAACAUGCAAUUUCACCAGUUCGGGCCGAUAACUCAGGUAGUGGUGGACCGUGAGCGCGGCCAGGCUUUGGUCUUCUUCGACCAGAUCAGUUGCGCUCAGGCCGCCGUGAAAGAGAUGCGAGGAGUGGUGCUUCGGGGCCGUCGUUUGCAGGUCGAUUUCGCGUCUCGGGAGUGUCAGGAGACGUUCUACGAACACCUCGAACGCCAAGGGAACACCAGCGAGAAACCCUGGGACUCGAGACCUUCGCCCGCAUCGUCGUUCGAUGUGACGAUUCCUUCUAGGCGGGAGCGCGGUAGUUUCGACUCGGCGGUCACGGUGUCAAGUUCGUGCAGCCGAUUCACACGCUACGACACGCCCCCGCGAUCGAGAACGGCGAGCUAUUCGCGAACCUCCGGAGGGAGCACCCCAGGCGCCAGUCCGGCUCAUCCGACGGCGAUGUCGCGAAGCAGCAGACGGUCCUACCAGGACUCGUACUACGACGGUGACUACGGUGAACCGACGUCGCGUCGGUUCCGCAGUUACGACGAGUUCAGCCAGGGGAGCGGCGCGAGUCACGACGACUACCAGAGCAGCGUCCUCAGCGACGGCAAGCUCAACGACGACGACUGUCCGCCACCGUCGCGGCGUCACGCGGUGCAGAGCGUCGUGACGAGCGUCGAUCCACCCGCGCCGCCGCCGCCGUUGUUACCUCCGCCCGACAUCCGGCAUCUGCAGAAGGAACGCGUCCACCUGUUGGAGCAGCUCGAGGAGUGCCACAGUAGCGGCGAUGAGGUCGGAUUCGCGCCUAAGAAGCGCGCGAAGCUCGACAGCUCGUCGUCGACUAUACUCUGCGAGGACGACGAGCCGGAAAUCGCCUCGUUGCUCGUCACCUCGCAUUCUAGUAGAAAAAGCAUGGAGUUUAGGCGCGUUAGCGAUAGCAAAGUAGUGGUACACCAUAGCGCGAGGAGGAGCAGCUGCGAGGGCAGGGGUCCCGGACCUUGCAAACGCCGUCGGGAUGCUACCAGCAGGCAUCACGAGCACCACGAUGGAUCUCGACCGGGCACUCCUCUCGUGGACGAGCGGCCGGAGAACCUGGUGCCGAGCGAACCGAGACGAUUCAGGGAGAGGAGCCACGAGGGCCCACUGUCGCUGCCCUUGCCGAGGUUCGCGGCUCAGAUGCUGAACAACAACAACAACAACACCAGCAGCAGCAAUAACAACAACGGCGGCAGGUCGAGCGGCGCCAGCCUGGCGAAAGUGGCCAGCCCGCCGUGCGCCAACUUCUCCACGGCGGCCAGUCCACGCGCCGCUCCGCAACCGCCGGCCUCGCCACCGCCGAGGCACCCCAGCUCGAGCCCGACCAGUUCCGACAGCGAAACAGCGCCGCAGUCCCCUAGUCUGGAGGAGAGGAUACGCUCUUUGGACGAGAAGUACGAGAAGUGGUCCGGUUCCAGGGCGUUGAGCGCCGCCGGCGGUGACGCCCUCGCCAAGAUCGACGCGAGUAGCUCCGAGCGAUUCAAGUUCCCGCACAAGUUGCUCCAUAUGCAGCUCCACGAGGUGCAACCCUCCGACAUCGUAAAGUCGGUCCUGGCGAAGAGGAGCGUGUUCGACGAGGACUCGAAGCGAUUGGAAAACUAUAGUGAAAAGUACGAACCGCGCGAGUUCACCGGUAUUAUCGGCAUCGGAUCGGUCUCGAUGAUCGGUAGCACCGCUGGCCUCACCGCUAGCAGCAGCAGCUGUACCAGCAAAGUUUGCCUACAGUAUCCGUUUCCUAGUCAUCCGCCGGUACAGCUGAGCAGCAGUGGCGCGUCGAUCGGUCCGGCGAACACGUCCUUGACCACGACCAUGGUCACCACGUCGGCGAUGAAGAGCGACCCGCGGAUAGCGCAGCAUAACUGCGUACACCCGACGCCGGCGACGCCGAUCACCCCCGGUACAUCCGUCAAGACGGUUAGUCCCGAAUUACCACCGGUUUCUCUACCGAUCGGCCUUGGUAGCGGCAACGGUAGCGCGGGUAGCAUUCACAGCCUCGGGGCCUCGACGCAUCGGGGACUGAGCGUUUCUGCGAGCAGCACCGCUUCGCCCACGGCGUCCGCGACCACGGACGCUUUCGCGAUUGUGAUUGCAACCUGCACGGCGACAUCGGCCACCUCGGCGACGAUAGGUGCGACACCUCCCACGACUACUACCAGUUCGAUAGCUCCACCGUCUUCCAUAACAUCCUCAUCUAACUCUUCCUCAUCAUCGUCGUCAUUAUCCACAUCUUCCACAGAUUUGCCUCGUUCUCGUUUGAGGAAGGAGAGCAGCGCUAGCAGUCGGGAGAGUAGAGACUCUCGCGACGGUAAGGACAGCAGGGAGUCGAAGCACGGUAAAGGGAAGGACUGUCAGAGGAGGUCGCGGAAGGAGGAGGUCGACGUUGAGAGAAGCCGCAAGGACAGAGACGAGAGCGUCGUCAACGACAUCGGCGAGACGGAUAGUCAUAGCAAGGAUAACAAGGAGCUGAGGUACGAGCGGAAGGAACGGGAGGAGAAGGAGAGGAAGGAGAAGGAGGAUCGGAGGGACAAGGAGGAUCGCGAUCGGCAGGAACGGAAGGAGAGGGAGGAACGCGAGAAGCGGGAGAAGGACGAGGAGAGGCGGGAGAGGGAGAGGUUGGACAAGGAACGGCAGGAGAAGGAUAGGAGGGAACGGGAAGAGAGAGAACGCGAGAGGAAGGAGAGAGAGGAGAACGAGCUGAAGGAGAAGGAGAGGCGGGAGAAGGAGCGAAUCGAUCGCGAGAGGAGGGAACGGGAGGAGAAGGAACGGAGGGAGCGCGAGGAGCGCGAGAGGCGGGAGCGCGAGAGGAAGGAACGCGAGGAACGGGAGGAACGCGAGAGGAAAGAACGCGAACUCCGGGAGAAGCAGGAGAAGGAGCGUCUCAGGAGGGAGCGGGAAGAGCAGGAACGAAGGGAGAAGGAAGAGCGGGAAAGGAGGAGGGAGGAGAAGGAGCGUCUCGAGCGAGAGAGGAAGCGGGAGAGGGAGGAGAAGGAGAGGAUCGAGCGGGAGAGACGGAAGGAGAAGGAGGAACGGGAGAAGCUGGAGAAGGAGAAACGGGAGAAGGAAGAGCGCGAGCGCUUGGAGCGGGAGAAGCGCAAGGAGCGCGAGGAUCAGGAGAGGCGGGACAAGGAGAAGGCCGAGCGUGACAAGAGGCGGGAGGAGAAGGACGGCAGGCGGCAGCAGCCCUCUCAGCCCACCGAGAACCACGUGCUGCACCCUUCCGUCGCGUCGUCCCAGAUCAGCCCGGCGGCGCCGGUGUCGAUCAAGCGCAGAUGUUCCUCGCAGGACGGCCCUCCUGAAGAGGACGCGAAGCGUAUGAAGAUCUCGGACCACCGGCGGGACAGCAAGGACCGCUCGUCCCGGCAGAACAGGAGAUCGGAGGACCGCAAGCACCGCAACGACUCGCAUCGUUCCAGUCGGGAGAGCAGGGAGAGUCGCGACGGCAAGGAGAGCGCCGGUACGGACGGGCACAACGAAUCCACCCGGGAGAGUAACAACGCCGGCAAGGAGAAGCAGAAGAUGAAGAGGAAUCGCUCGGAGAAGGAGUCGAGGGAGCGCAGCCCGAGAGUCUCGCACGAGCCCGAGAAGGAGUUCCUGUCGAGGCUGGAGCUGCCCAAGAGCGUCGACUCGAGCUCGUCGAACGAGCAAGCCUCCCUGGGCUCGCAGCAUCAUCAGCAGUCCGCGCUGCACAGCGACGUGGACGACGGUCCGCUGUCCACCCACGAGAUCCAAGUGGCGAGGCAGCGGCACCCGUCGGCCACCGACACCGACAGCGACGAGCCCAAGAAGCACUCGAUCUUCGACAUCGUCGACGACGAGCCCGCCUACAUCAGCAUGUACGACAAGGUGAAGGCUCGCUCGACGAAGAACAUGCAGAAGCUGGAGGAGGAGAAGCGUCAGGUGCGGCUGAAGGACAAGUUCUCGCAGCUGAAGCAGAGUCGCGCGAGGCGGGAGGAGAAGAAGCAGAGCACGUCGUGGGACGGGGAUUCGGUGAGCAGCAAAGCCCUGACCGAGGACGAGGCCACCUCCGAGUCGGACUCGACGAGAACCAAGUCCCUCUCGAGGAAGGGCUCGCGCUCGCGCAUCCACUCGGACACCAGCGAGGAGGAGGAGCCGUUCAACAACAAGGUACGCAAGGCGGUCGUCAAGUCGGAAAGGUUCCUCGAGAGCGACGUCGACCUCGGCUUCGCCGACACCGAGGAGAAGCAGAAUCGGCUGGAGGUCUCGGGCGUCAUCGUGAACAGCGUGCACGCCACCAUCAAGGAGGAACCCCGCACCUCGGACGAAGACGAGAAGAUCUCCAUCGGAUUCCGCAGGAGCCACCCGAUAAUCGAGGUGAUCAAUCACGAGAGGGACUCGCGGAAGAAGUCGCACAAGAAGAAGCAGAAGCGUCAGAAGAACAGCAUCUCGCAUGAGAACAGUCUGAAGGUCGAGCCGGCGGACAACGCGGAGCACAAGAGCAAAGCCAACGUGGCGAUCGCGACGCCGACCGACUGUCGGCCGAAUCACGGCUCGGAACCGGCCGCGAUCACCACCACCACCACCACCACCACCACCACCACCACUACCACCACCACGACCACCACCACCACCACCGUCGUCGUCCCGGCGUCUCUGGAGAACGUCGAGGAGAGGCUGCGGGCGGAGAGCAAGAAGCAACGCAGCAAGAAGGAGAAGAGACGCGACCGGAACGGGGAGGACAAGGCCAAGGCGAGGCGGAAGAGGCUCAACCGGCAGGAGGCGAGGGACUCGCAACGAAUGGAGGACAUCUUCGGCCCGCUCUCGGACGACGUCGACGACGGCCCGUCCAACACGUUCUUCAACCGGUUCGGCAACAUGACGUCGGAGAACAGCGUUUACGCGUCGGACAGCGACGGUGGUCGCAGUCCGCUCGACAUGGACCGAGUGAGGCGGAAGACGGAGAAGAAGCGGCGCCACCAGCCGGAGGACGAGAACAGCGUCGACUUAGCCGAGGCUGGCCGUGAGAUCGAGGCGAAGCUCCUGGGCAUGCCGAGUUCCCCGAAAGCCGCGGCGGCCGCGUGCAACGAGUCCAACGACCACGACGUUUUCCGUUUCACCGACGACAAUGACAGUAUCGAGCCGUCCACACCCUCGACCGCGCCGGAGAAGGUCAAGGAGAAGAAGAAGAAGCGGAAGAGAUCGAAGGAGGAGCGCAGCAGGAAGGACUAUCACCACCACCAUCACCACCACCACCACCAUCACGAGAAGAGCGGCGAAUUGCCUUACCUGGGCGCCGAGCCUAGUCCGCCGAGAGCGAGCAGUCCGUUGAUAUCCAAGACGAUGUCGCCCACCCUGCCCACGGCCAGAGAAACCCUGCUGAGCCCGAUACCGAAAGCGAACGUGUCGUCGGCCACUCCGCCGGUCGUGAGCGGCGGCGUUCAAACCCCCAAGCUCGAGAAGAAGAAGGAGAAGCUGAUACCCGGCUUCGGGAUCGAGAUCGACGAGGCCAUUCACGAGAACGCCGUGAAGAGCAUCUCGGAGCCGGACGAGCGAGACGGCAGCCAGUCCCGCAGCGGCAGGGAGGAGCCGGAGGUGCCGGUGCCGACGACGCCACCGACGCAGAACGAAGACAAGCCGCGGGUCGCGAUAUCGCAAGAGGAAACGGAGGACGCGGUCGCCGCCUUGCUCGAGGAGACUUUCGGCGCCUCGACCGAGGACUUCUCCUACGAGGGCGAGGAAGAAGAAGCCGAGGCGGACGGGGUCGCCGGGGCUCCGGCCGAGGCGCCUCAGGAGGACGUCGAGGAGAUGCAGCAGGCGGUCGAGAGUCUGAACGCCUCCACCGGGGAAGGCGACGCGGACCUCAAGCCGGACACGCCGCAGAGCGAGCACGAUCUCCAGAUCGACACGGACACCGACCAGGAAGACCCGAAUUACGAAACGUUCGACCUGACCCAGCCGCCAAAAACCCCGGACAUACCCUCCUUCUACAAGUCACCGACGAAGACCCUGAACAUGACGCCCGUGGUGACCGUGCCCGAGAAGAGCAGCCCGGCCGAGAUGCGGCCCGUUGCUGCGACGAAGCCGCAGAGUCCACCGAACACCGUGAUCGCCCACUCGUGGAACCUGACCGAGCACAAGCCUCGAGAGCCGGUGGAGGCCGAGUCGGAGGUCGCCGGCAGUCCGGAGAGGGUGUCGCAGGCCGUCGAGCAGGAGACGCCGUCUCAGUACAAACAACCUCUGCUGGGUGCGUGCAGCGUGCCGAGCGAGGUGGUGCCGAAGCUACCGAGUCCGCGGCCUUCCCCGGUGCAGCCGCUGUACCAGAGGCUGCCGGUGUCACCGCAGUCGCAGAUGGUGCCGUCGAUGCGCCAAGCAUCGCCGAAGACGCAGAACGUCGUGCCCUCGUCUUCCUCCAACGCGGCGACGAGGAUACCGCCUCUGGUGGCGUCGCCGCGCGUCUCGCAGCCGCUCUCGCCGAACGGCCAGUGGUCGCGGAACCCGACUCUGAGCCCGCACGUGCCUAACGCGAGCGGCAAGCCGUCGCCGCCGACCGCCCGGAUCGCCGUGUGCGUGCCGAUCUCCGCGCAGAGGCUGGAGGCGCCGGUGCAGCAGGUCUAUUCGACGGCGGCGACGCAGCAGCCGGUGAUCCAACACGCCUCGGGCAUGCUGGCGCCCGCCUCCGGCUACCCCCGCGGCGGCCUGCCGCCGUUGACUCUGAACAUCCCCUCGCGACCCUUCAUGCCGGUGUCCCCGCUGGCGCCCGGCAUGCAGGUCAAGAGUUGCCGGGACUCCUCUCUGACCGGCAAGUCCGUGAUAGAGACGCUGCUGCCGGUGAAUCCGAAGGAGCCGCCGCAGCGGCUGGAGGAACCGUCGCCCGCCGUCAUACCGGAGUCGACGAACAAGGCGUCCACCUCGCCGAAGGUCCCGUCGCCCAAUCAACCGCCGACUUACAUACCCGAGACCGCGAAGAUCGAGAUCAACGCCAGCACGUCCAGCCCGGUGUUCGGCAAGCCGGCCACCGACGGCUACAUCGUGUCGUCCAGGAGCCAGAAGCAGAUCCCAGUUUCCAUCACGACGGACAGCAACCUGCUGUCGCCGCGGCAGAAGCAGGAACCGUCGAACCUUCAGCUGCUGACCACGCACGUGCCCCGCUCCUCCACACCCAGCCCCGUGAUCGUCGCUCACGGCCAGUCGCACCUGUGCCACAAGCCCGUGCACGCUCUGGGCCCGGCGAACGUCUCCGCGGCGAACCAACCGUUGAUCAAGACCGUCGUGCCGAUCGUCUCGCAGCAGCAGAUCGCGCCCAGCGAGAAGUGCGUGAUCUCGCAAACGCCCCUCCCGAGGCCGCCGCCGGUCAAGUCCACCGUGUCGCAGACGAUCAUAGCGAGGGUGGUGCCGUCGAUAUCCACCGUGCCGACGGGCAACGAACAAGCGACCCCCGAAUGCCUGGAGUCGCGGAUGGCCCAACAGCUGGAGGUGGACGCGCAGAUCGGCCAGACGGCCCAGCCGAUGCAGCUGACGCCGCCGGUGCAAUCGACCCGGCCGAUCGACGAGAUCAAGCAGGAGCCGGCCGACGUCAAGGAGGAGAUGGACGACCAGAGCAGCAAGUACAACCUGGAGUUGGAGAAGCCGCGGCCGGAGGACGUGAAGCCGAAGCAGGAGAUCGUGAAGAGCGAGAUCGUCGUCGCGCCUUGCGUCCUACCCAAGUGCGAGGUCGCCGAGGCCGUUGCGCCGAAGCUCGAGGUGAAAGUGGAACCCAAGGAGGAGGACACCGUGAAGAAGGAGAACGACGAGGCGGAACUGGACGAGGAGUCGGCGGAGGAUCCGCUGAAGGAGCCGGCGGACCCCCUGGCGAUCGACUCGAAGGAGGACGCGACCGACAGCAAGGAGGACAGCGACUACUGGUCCGCGAAGGAGGUGAACAUCGAGAGCGUGAUCAAGAAGGUCGACGCCCUGUGCGACGGCGAAGGCAACGACGAGGAGCAGCAGCGGGCGGAGAACGCCGGCAAGAACGAGUCGGACUGGUUCGACCCCCCCGAGGCCGCUGAGAACGAGAGCAAGAAGGGCUUCGCGGACGACCACGACGAGGGCGUGGAGACCUGCGAGAACGAGUCGACGCGCAGUCGGCGCGGCCGGGCGAAGAGCAGACGCGGCUGCCGCGGCGGCGGGGUCACCACCAGGCGGGGCGGCAGGAACGCCGCCGUCUCCCACAGGCGCGGGGGCAGGAGCCCGAGAGGCAGCAAGCAUCACGUCGAGAAGAACAAGCUGCCGGCGGACGUGUACGAGUUCCACGACGACAGCGAGGAGGACAACGCCGGCCGGCCUCGGCUGAUCCUCACCAUCAAGUCACCCGGGCCGAACGUCAGCGGGCCCAACGCCCAGCCGGCGACUCCGGUCGCCGCCGUGAAGGAGGUGCCGCCGGAGGAGUUCGUCUCCCCGGCCGCCAACACGAGGAAGUCGAGGAGACUGGCGGAGCGGGACGGCAGUCGGAACACGGUGGACGACGUGAUCGAGGACGUGGUCCGUGGCUCGCCCGUGAACAAGGCCCUGGCCGGCAACGUGGUUCACGCCACCCGGAGGAGCGCGCGGCACAACAACUCGCCGCGCAACGCGCAAGCGGCCCAGCAGCCGGCGGUGAUGGAGUUGCGCAAGUCGCCGAGGAGCGGCCGAAAAGCGACGAGACGAGCGUCGGAGAACAACGACGACAGCGGGGAGGAGAAGUCGCCGAAGGAAGCGGCGGUCACGCCGGCACCGACGACGACGGCGACGACGACGACGACGACGGUGGUGACGGCGACGCCGCCAGCACCGCCGCCGCCGCCGCCUCCUCCUCGCGAGGAGACCCCGAGCAAGGAGGAGACGAAAUUGGUCGAGCCGGAGAGCCCGAAGGCGGAAGAACCAGCCCCGAUAGUCGCCCCGCCGCCGAAGAGGGUCUCGCUCGAGCCGAUGACGCUGAUCGACCCGGUCACGGGUGACCUCAUACCCAUGAGGGAGUCCGAGGAAGGUCAGUACAUCCCGGUGUCCGCGACGUCCGGGCAGGGAGCGCAGACCGCCGGUAGAACGCAAGCUGAGCCACGGAACAACAGCGGGGCAGCGGUCGGCGCGAGCCACGAGACGCCGCGAGCGAAAGCCGCGGAGAGCGCGGCGUUGCUCGCGCCACCGGAGCCGAAGAAGGAGGUCGCCGCGGAGCACGCGGCUUGUCAGCCCGCGGCGGCGCCGAUCCAACAGCAGAAGCAUCCGAUACAGGUCCAACCGCAAACCAGCGUGAUCACGAAACCGCAGUCGCCCACGGUCACCCCCACCAUCACCGUAGCGCAGUCCCCGGCGUGCACGAGCAUCGGCACCGUGGUGACCGCGGCGACCAUCACGGCGGCGCCAACGGUGCUCACGUGCACCUCGCAGGCGAAGCCCACGAGCUUCAAGGCGCACAUGUUGAACGCCAGCAAGCUGGUGACUCAGCAGCAGCAGGUGGUAGUGGCGAAACCGGUCGCCCCGAUCGUGCCCAGCCAAACGAUAGUGCAGAACAUGGUGAAGCCGGCGAUACAGCAGGGUCUGAAUCUGCAGAUCCCACCCGGCAGAGUGGUGUCGCCCAGCCUGAGCCCGCGUGCCAAACAGACGGCGCAACAGUUGGCGGCGAACGGCAAGCAGGGUCAGCCCAUGUCCCCGGUGCUCAACAACACCGGUGCGCCGCCGAAUCCCAAGCAACACCUGCUGCAAGCGGCCGCGAAGCAGCAGACCUCCACGAUAGUCAACAUGCCGCAGAAGUUGCUGCACUCGGUCAGCGUGAACCUCGUCAGUCCGGCGCCGAGGAUCCAUCAACCGGUCUCGCAGGCCACCACUCUCAAGGGCAUCAACGGGCAGCCCCAUCCGCUCAACCCGAAGACGCACUUGCUGCAGGCCGUGGUGCCGACGAUGGUCACGGGGACGGUAGCGACCGGCUCCGUCGCGCAACCUCAUCUUGUGAACCCGAUCUCGGCCGGCGUCGGCUGCGGCCGGCCUUCGGGAACGCCGAAACCCACCGCUGGCAUGGAGCCGCAGAAGAUGGAAGUGCCAUUGUCUGGUUGCAUCAUGGUGCCGACCGCGAGCACGCAACCCCGCAGCGUACCGAUGUCACCGUACGAGGCCCCACUGCAUGGCAGCGCGGGUGCCACUCCACCAGGAAGUCAGUACAGUCUUGUUCCCCCGCAUCGUUCUCAGAGCCCACCGCUGCCUCCGCCUGCUCACCAUCAUACCAACGCCUCGCAGGGUGACGUUGUUAACCACUACGGAGGGCUGAGCCGUGGCGCAGACCUUUCUCCUCAUUACAUGUUUCAAUACCAAUAUAUACGCGCGCAGGAAGCACUGGGGGCGCCGCGCAUAGCUUAUCACAUUCCAGGAACGAGAUCGCCCCACUUACCGUUAGACCCGAAACUCGACGGCGGCAUAGAGGACAGCCACAGCCCUCCGUUGGAGCUGAGACGGGCGACGAGAACGCCGCAGGAACGCACCACCGACAGUCCGCAAGUUGCUCAGGUUUACAUGUUACACGGAGGCAUGAGGUUGCAGCCGCCGCCGCCGCAGUACAACGCGGCGAGUAACCCGUCGCUGCCCGGCGCACCAGCCGGCGCCAGGACGACGUACUACGAUCCACCGCCGGCGCAUCUGCGCUCUCAGUAUCCGAUGACCGCCAGCGAGGCGCCGACCGACCGGGCGAUCACCCCGGACAGAUCCAGGAAGCAUCAGGUCGUCACACCGCCGCACGCGUCUCAGGUGCCCCCGCAGGCGGACUCGUUUCAGAUGUUGCUCCAACGUUACCCGGUUAUGUGGCAGGGUCUGCUGGCCCUUAAAAACGACCAGGCCGCGGUGCAGAUGCACUUCGUCUUCGGCAAUCCCAACGUAGCCAGAGACAGUCUGCCGUGCAACAGCGACGGGUCCACUCCGCCGCUGAGGAUAGCCCAGAGGAUGAGAUUGGAGCAGACUCAAGUGGAGGGUGUGGCGAGGAAGAUGCAGACUGACAACGAACAUUGUAUGCUGUUGGCGCUCCCUUGCGGCCGUGACGAAGUAGACGUGUUGCAACAAAGCAAAAACCUUCAAACAGGCUUCAUCAUGUACCUUCAACAAAAGCAAGCUGCCGGAAUUGUCAACAUCGCCGCGCCAGGCUCGCAGCAGCCAGCGUACGUGGUGCACAUUUUCCCGUCUUGCGAUUUUGCGAAUGAGAGUUUGGCGAGAAUCGCGCCCGAUCUACUUCACCGUGUCGCAAAGAUCGCCCACUUGCUAAUCGUCAUUGCUACGGUCUGAGGACGAUCAGUGACCACCUACUGGAUUAUACGUUCUACUCAUGGCCUUGUUCACAUCGCGCAGGACACUUCGCACGCGGCAUGAAGCCUAGAAGUGUCCGUCCGACACGCACGUAAUAUUGUGCAAAGAUCGAGGAAAGAAAGAGAGAUCGACGGAAAAGAGAGAGAGAGAGAGAGAGAAAUCACAGAGAGAGAAAGGAAGGGAGUAUGCGUUCGAAAGGAAGGAGAGAGAGCUCCUUUAUCCGGAGUCGUAUCAGUGACAAUCAAAUGGAACCCAACGCUACACCGAUCUUAGAUCGUAGGCCUAAAGCGAGGCACGAGGUUGUGCGACGGAGAGAGGCUAGCGCGGUCAAUACGCCGGUAUCAUCGCGCCUGCCUCCCUCCCGACGAAUUCAGGCGCAGGCAAGCUCGUUUCUCUUUUUUUCUCAGACGGCUUGUAACUCGCGCCGAUAUUACUGACAGCGUUUGUGGGAUCGACCGACAUCACUCUUGGUCUUUCUGACAAGCGGGUCAGGGCACAACCCCUCACAAGCCCUCGAGACGAGACCUUCGAUUUCAUCACUCGCGAUCAGUCCACGAAACUACUCACGUUCGUUCUUCUGGUAGAGGAGAGAAAAAAAAAAGUUAAAACAGUUAAAUAACCGUUGCUCUAGAUGGACAGUCCAGUUCCGUAAGUAAAGAAUAGGACGAAGUAAAGAAAGGAAAAAAAAAACGUAAACCCUACAUCAUUACACACGAGCUAUUUUAAGUAAGGCUUGAACGUUAAUGAUAAAACUGUAUAAAUUAUAAGCAAGCCAGCGAGGGCAUAACUACUGUGAUUUUAAUUAUUUAACGAUACAUAACUGCGUUACGAGGCAGAAAAACAAAAGUAAAACAAUAUAAGGGUGAUCGACUAAUGCUCUGUGAGGUAUGUGAUGUGUUUUUUGUAUGAUACUGCUCUAUAUAAAUAACUAUGUAUUAUAUUAUCGUAACGGAAUAGAGUUGCUGCUAUACCCCCUGUUUCUGCCGCCGCCGCUCGUGUCGAACUAGUAAUGUAAAUCAUAAUGCUAGACCUUUAACAUAAAUACGAGAAAAGUGGGCUACACCGUGAGGUUAGGAUUUGCCCCCUAGUGUAUCAUAAUUUUGCAUAGCAGGCUGUAACAUAUUCUGAAUUAUUAUUAUUAUUAUAUUAUACUUUUAGAGAGCGCGCAUACACAUCAUACAUCUUGAGAAAAAACAGAUUUAUAGAAUAUUACUUCUCUAAUUCUCCUCAGCCUUCAUUAUUAUAAUUAUUAUGAUCAGCAUGAAUAUCACCUAUUUUAUUACAGUUAUGAUUACUAUUAUUACGGUUAAUAUUAUUGUUACGAUUAUUAUUACGACUACUAUUACCAAUGCUAUUGCUACUAUUUACUACUAUACUAUUACCACUACUCUACUACUACUAUUACUACUACUAUUACUACCACUACUCUACUACCACUAUUACCGCUGCUAUUAAUUAUUAUUAACGUUAUUACAGCAGGCUAGGCUAUAUAUAGGAAGGGCGUACCAAUUCGCAUAUUUAAGAACAAAUGGGGCUUAUUUGUCAUACUGAGGAAAAAAAAAUAGUAUGAUCGAUCUCAUUGACCACUGACGCCGCCCCAUUUUACACAACUUCCAUCCUAUUACACCCCAUCCCUCGUCAGGCUCCGACUCUGUCGCGCGACGACGACUCAUAGACUCUUUAGCGUUCGUGUCCGAGAUAAUAAAAUGCGCUUAUGUGUAUAGACCAGAAGUUACAUUAUAUCACACCAAGCCGUGAGAAAAAAAAACAUUUUAGGCGAAUUAAGGAACUUACCUACUUACAAUAUUAUGCUGCUGCGCGUAGGACGCAUGCCUCUAGAAGAGUAAUCUUAUGCAGAACUAUUGGGGAUGGACAAAACACACGCGACCGUGUUUUAAUUUCCGGCGGAAUAGUGACGAUAUGUCGACGAACGACGACUACUUUUAUCACGAUGAAACGUAUCUCUCUCAUUUCUUUUUCUCGGAACGAAACGUCCAAUUUUUUACUUAAAUCACUCGCAGUAUAUGUAUGCGCGCAUGUGUGUGUGUGUAUGUAUGCAUGUAUGUGUGUGUGUGUGGGAGAGAAAGUGUGGGUAUGUGUGUGGUUAGUGACUGAAAGAUUGCAGCGUUUUUUUUUAUUUUUUUUUCUUUUAACGAGCUACGCAACACAUCCGUAUUUAAUAGACGAAUACGUUUGUUCGUUAAGUCUCUCUCGAGCGAGCUUCGGAAGUGAAUCGGUCGUGCGAAUAUGGUACGGUGAAUUUGUUGAUUUUCUGCCGAUCAUCGAACGCGCGCAUUCAACACGUUCAAUGUCGCCCCGUCGCUCCUGUUCUGUCGAUCCCCGAGACAUAAUUACUUUAAGGCAGCGCGAAUACUCGCGGAGAGCGUGUGUAUGUACAGUGUAAAAGAUGCGUUGUGGAUAUGUACAGUGUAGAGGUAUAAUUGAGCAGGUGAAGUGAUAAAAAGAAAAAAGAAGCGCGUAUAUAUUAUAGCUAUGAAUAAGUAUAUAAUAACGGCGCGCGAGCGUGCGCACGUGUCGCGCAACGUCGUCGUUUAUUCGCAAAACGGAAAAGCGCCGCGUCUUCUUCCGUCUCGUUUUGUUCCCCCUUCUUUCCCUCCCGCGGCCUGUCACACGUUGCUCGCGUAGCGUAAAUGCAGAAAUACGAUACGUUUCUCGCGCCGCAUUGUUCCGCGACGCGUGCGUCCGCCGUCGCGCCACGUCUAUCUUGUAAAAUAUCUGUGAAUAUUACGAUUUAGUUUCUUCCUAUUUGUAGAGCAGGUAAUGCAAAGAAGCGUUUACGUUAAUCGUUUAAGGAGAAUGUGUACAGAUACCCCCUCCCUCCUCCUCCCCACUACCACCUUUUUUUUGUUUUGUGUUUUACUGUAGUUAUCGAUAAUUAUAUGGAUAUUAACGAUAAUAAUAACUAUGAUUAAAAAAAAACUUAAGCACGGCUCGAUUGCGUCAUUCUUGAAAAAAAAAAAAACCCGCUAAUGCGCAAUAUUUAUUCUGUGUAAGAGAAAAAAAAAACUCUUGGUGAUAAUGUAUCAUUUGUAUAUUAGUAAUUACCUGAUCUCCUAAUAAUCGAAAAAAAAAAAAAGAAAAAUGAAACUUGAAUAGAAUUGAUAUACACGCGUUACGAUGUCACACCGUAUUCCAUCUCCUAAAAUUCGUCACAAUCUCCACCGAUUGAUUUCCGCCGUCUGCUACAUGCGUUUAUUCCGAGAUGUUAAUGCGUUACAUGAGAUGAGCGUUAUGAGAUUUUUCUUUUUAUAUUAGAUCAGGAGCUGGACUUCUCGCUAGAAAGGUAAUAUAAUAAAACACAAACUAUUACCUCGAA